AUGCAUAUCUGCAGGCAAGGCAAGGGGAAAAGAAUCCGUAGGGCCAUGUGGAGUCUUUUCUUCACGGGCGGAAUGCACAUACCAUCUCGACUACUACUACUACUACUACUACUGCUGCUGCUGCUGCUGCUGCUGCUGCUGCUGCUUAAAUUGGUUCCUUGUGUGUACUUUCAUCGUGACCGGAUAACUCUAGGGAGCCCCUUACUUCCAGGCUCUUCUUGUCUCGAAAUCACCGUCGAAUUCAAUUCUAGUCGAUCAGACAGCGAUCUUCCCCUCAAUGUCCGUCGAAUCAUUCCUCUGCCCACACCACCCCGUGCGGUCACCAUCUCGUCCUUCGUAAAAGCCGUCUGGGCUGUGGUUCUAGCUCAAGUGACCGGCCAACGGGAUCUUGUGUUCGGCCAUGUCCUGAAUGGGCGCGACACGCCCGUCGCCGGCGUCCAUGCUAUGUCUGGGCCUUGCGUUACUGUCUGCCUCAUUCGCAUAACGAUCCACUCGCCUUCCAAUAACCGAGUCCUCAAUUUAUUGUAUCACGCACAGCACCAAUACACGCGGGCUCUGCCAUAUACCGGCAUAGACUUUUAG